UAUACUUUAUAUUAUGUCUCAUGAUACAGGAUGUUUCUAUAUAAUUCAUUCUAUGAAAUAUUCUAUAAACUUUUAUAAACAUUCUGUAACAUUCUAUGAAAUUCAAAUCGUCCUUUUUUAAUAGCUGCUACUUGAAAAGAGAUUCUUUGUCAAAUUUGGGUCAAUAAAUAGGCAAAAUAUUUUAAUUUUUGGCCUGUAGCUGCUCUUUAUAAAAAGUAGUAUAGAGAAAAAGUAGUGUAGAGGAGCUUAAGUAAUAUUUUAUUACCUCGAAUUUGUACACUAAUGAAUGGAAUCAAAUUUAUUUUGAAAAUUUUCAUUAUUUUAUUAAUUAUCUAUCAAACAUAUUCUUACAAGGAACAUUCGCGAAGUGUGUAUCUCCGAUUUCGAUGAAACUUGGCAUAUUUAUAGAGUAGCCAAAAAUAAGAGACCCAUAUUUUUUUAUUGGCAAUGGCGCAGGUUUAAGGGGGGAAGCUCGUGUAAAUCGAAAUUUGUGAGCAAUUAUUUUUUUUUGCUUAAAUUUAUAAGAAAUCCUCCGUAGAAUAUGAAAAAAAAAUAGUAGAAACCGAUUUGAGACUUCCUUCUAUGUUAUUUCCGUCGAAAAGUAAAACGGUCGCCCUGAGCGGAGAGCGUAGAUAAACGGCAUGCGGCGGACACUCAGCUGUCAGUCACCUUUGAAUUUAGGCCUGGUUGCACAUAUUUACAUCUGGAAGGAGGGGAAAGAGAGAAGAAAGUGAAAGUGUGUUUGUUUAUGUUAGUUUAACAGUCGUAUUUUGAAACAGACGCCUCAGCGUCUUUCGAGCAGAGCAGUCGUUUCGUUAAGUGUUUGUAACCGUGAAAUCGUAAGAAAAAGUACAAAAAUGAGUAGGAAAGUUCCACGUGAUAAUCCUAACUUUCGCCCAAAUAAACUGCGGAAACGCAAAUAUCAGGGAAAUCAAUUCAACGCGUUGGAUACAGAAUCGAGCGAGGCGUAGAGAGAGAUGCCGGAGCACGGCGUAGAAGCAGGAAUAAGGGAAGAAGCAAGAGCAUCUGCCAGAAAAAUCAAGGCUACUGCUGCCGACGUCAUUAUUAAUUUCGCGCACUACAGAAUUAUUGAAUUUUUGAGUAUGUUUUCUGCGAUAUCUGAUAUUUCAGUAUGCCGAAAAUGUAAACAAAAACAAAUAUUCGGUGAAGUGGAUAAUCGCGGCUUAGGUUUUAAAAUAUCUGUGAAGUGCUUGUGCAGUACUGUCUUGAUACAAUCCGAACCAUUCGUCAAGAACGGUUACGAAAUAAAUCGUCGGAUUGUGUUCGUCAUGCGUCUGCUCGAUGUUGCACGUGAGGGCAUAAAUUUGUUCUGUGGCAUGAUGGAGUUGGGCUUUGGAUUGAGCCAGAAUGCAUACGAAGGUGUUGUGAAGCAUAUGCACAACUCUAUUGAAAAAAUGUUUAAAUACACUUUUUCAGGCGACGGAAGUUGGAAAAAAGCGAGGGUACUCAUCGCUCUAUGGUGUCAUGACACUUAUAGGAUAUUAUGUCGGGAAAGUCGUUGAUUUAACAGUAAAAGGAAGUUAUUGUCAAACUUGCACAUAUUAUAAAAAUGAUCAAAAUAAUAUAAUUUAUCUGCUGUAUAAAGACGAAGGAAAC